AUGUGCAUUUUCUCUUUAAUUCUUAUCACCUUACAAGGGAGGCUGUGGCCCCGUUUUAUAAAUGAAAAGACUAAGACUUAGAGAUGUGUAAUAGUUUGUCCAAAAGCACAGGGGUAGUGGGUGACAGAGCCAAGAUAUGAAUCCACACGGCCUGAGUCCAGAGCCAGGGUUCUCUGCCUCCCCCAUCAAAGGCAGAAUACCUUCCUAUACCACAGGCAUAGAUUCUGGACAUGGAGUUCACCUGUACAUAAUCCAUUCAGUCAUGUAUAACUUAAAAUGAGUGAGCCUUUUGGAUACUGUUCUAAGGUUUUAGAUAACAGAGGAAGCAGGUGGGAAGUCAGGGAACACCUACAGAGUAGGAACGAGAAGAAAAGCCUAAAGAGAAAAGCCACCCAGGGGUGGGACGAGAGAACAAGCACUGACAGCCUCACAGUCCUGCCUAGGGUCUGCAACUGCCCACAGCCGGAGGAUGCCCCUCCAAGCCUGGAGAGUCAGGCAUUUGACAGCAUGCCAGGUUUGACCUUGUAAGACCACUCUCCUGGAGUGAGACCGCCCCACCCAUGAAUGACCCCAGGGAACAAGUGGUAUGAUCCUGGAGAGAGGCAAGGAUCCUGCAGAGAAUUCUGGACUGAGCCAGAUGGGCAGGAAAGUUCCAGUAAAAGGACAGAGAGUCUGCUACCUGUUGAGUCUGUUUGGCCUAUAAAUAAAAUCAAGGGGCCAGAGCUGGUAACUGCCUGCUGGUCGAUGAAGCUGAGAUGCCCUCUCUGACCUCUCCAGGAACUGGGUUCUCGGGUUGUGGGUAGUGAAGUUGCAGGACACAGAGGAGAAGCUGCAGAAGGAGUCCCUCUUCCUUCAUCAACCACUGGGCUGACUCCAGCGAUCAGUGGAGGCAGGGCGCAGAAUUUCCAGCUCUCAGGACCAGCUCAGCCAAGUCCAGCCCCAACUCAGCCAAGUUACCAGAGAGGAUUCUAGGAAAAUAAACUAAUUUGCAGAAGACCCAGGCAGCUAUUCCAGGAACUGGAAGCCAAGCACAACAGGUGCUCAGGAGGUCAUCAUGAUCAGCCUGGACCCCAGGCCUUCCCCUGGCUUGGCCCGGUGGGCCGAGAGCUAUGAGGCCAAGUGUGAGCGCCGGCAAGAGACCCGUGAAAGCCGCCGUUGCCGCCCCAAUGUGACCACUUGCCGCCAGGUGGGGAAGGCGCUGAGGACCCAGCAGAGAGAGCAGCUCCAGAGAGCACGACAACAGGAGUUCUUCAGGAGGAGGAACCUGCAGGUGGAGGAGAAAGGCAAGACACAGAGCCCCAGGGCCAAGGAGCACGGUCCCUCGAGGAGGCCAGGCCAGCCAACUGACCUCAAGGAGCACUUGUCUUGGGCCAGCAGGAUCUCCUCCUCCCCCCGGCAGCAGGUGUCAGGAACCAGCUCUGACGCCUUUCCAACCCAGCGUCACCCUUCCUCAAGCACCCAGAGGGAUCUGGCUCACCUCUCCUCCCAGGCUGGGGGCCUUUCACCACAGGACUCUCCCAUCAAGAAGCCACCCACACACCACCGUGGCACUCAGACAAAGGCAGAAGAAGCCCAGCCAACAAUUAAGAAUGAUGCCAGUCAGCAAACCAAUUAUGGAGUUGCAGUUCUAGACAAGGAAAUCAUCCAGCUUUCUGAGUACCUCAAAGAGGCCCUCCAAAGGGAACUGGUUCUAAAACAGAAAAUGGUGAUUCUCCAAGACCUACUGUCCACGCUGAUAAGGGCCUCUGACAGCUCUUGGAAGGGCCAGCUUAAUGAAGACAAAUUGAAGUGCAAACUGAGAUCUUUAGAAAACCAGCUGUACACCUGUACCCAGAAAUACUCCCCUUGGGGAAUGAAAAAGGUGUUAUUGGAGAUGGAAGACCAGAAAAACAGCUACGAGCAGAAAGCCAAGGAGUCGCUGCAGAAAGUGCUGGAGGAGAAAAUGAGCGCAGAGCAGCAACUGCAGAGCGUGCAGCGGUCCCUGGCUCUGGCUGAGCAGAAGUGUGAAGAGUGGAGGAGCCAGUACGAAGCUCUGAAGGAAGACUGGAAGAGCCUGGGGACCCAGCACAGAGAGCUGGAGAGCCAACUCCAUGUGCUUCAGUCCAAACUGCAGGGAGCAGACAGUAGAGACUUACAGAUGAACCAGGCUCUGAGACUUCUGGAGAAUGAGCACCAGGAACUGCAGGCCAAGAUUGAACACCUGCAGGGGGACAGAGACCUGUACAGCUCGGAUACGCAGCACCUACAAGAUCAACUGAAGAGGUCAGAGGAGGAGAAACUCGCCCUGGUGGCCAAAGUACAGCAGCUGCAGAGUCUGCUUCAGAAUCAAUCCUUACAGCUUCAAGAACAGGAGAAACUCUUAACAAAGAAAGAUCAGGCUUUGCCUGUGUGGAGUCCAAAGCCCUCCCAUAAGGAAGUGGAACCUGAGGGUACAGGGAAGGAGAAAGAACGGGAUUUCAGAGACCAGCUGCAAAAGAAGACUUUGCAGCUCCAGGCCAAGGAAAAGGAGUGCAGAGAACUGCAUCUGGAGUUAGACAACCUCAGCGAUGAGUAUCUCUCCUGCCUGCGUAAGCUGCAGCACUGUCGAGAAGAGCUGAACCAGAGCCCACGGCCGCUUCCCAGAAGGCAAUGUGGCCAAUGGCUCUCGAUGCUGAUGGUAAUGAUUGCUAUAGCACUGGCAGUGUUCCUGGCCAACAAGGACAGCCUGAUGAUCUGAAUCACUUCGGACAGCUGCCUGGGUGAAAAUCUGAAGAAACUCAAAAAACUCAGAAUGUUUACAUACUUUAGAGUGUGGGUUUUCCCACAGAGAUUUCUGACUUUAUUAUUUUUUUUUAACCUACUGUAAAAUAAACUUCACCUAACAAG